CAUGCAAAAUAACAAUAUUAUUAGUAUUCUCUUUUGCGUGCGUCUGCGCUUUUAGCCCCGGUCUGUUUGCAAAAAAAAGGAGUGUUGCUCUCUCUCUCUCUCUCUCUGCCUUCUUGGAUUUUUGUGUGUGUGCGCGAGAGAGAGAUUGUCAAAGAAAGAAAACAAAGGCGAAGAAAGAGAGAAAAGGGGGGGGGGGAGAAAAAAGACUGAAGGAGAUUUGGUGCCCCCCCUUCCUCCACAAAAAAAAAAAGGAAAAAGGAGUUGUGCCUCUCUUGCAAUAAUGGCCCCAGGAAUCUCAUGGGUUGGAUUUUAUACAGGUCUCCUGUUCGCUUUGCUAGAACUCUGGUUUAUAGAAGGACUCAGCUUGGAACCAAUCUAUUGGAACACCUCGAACAAAAAGUUCCAGAACGAGGAGGGCUACGUUUUGUACCCCCAGAUUGGCGACCGCCUGGACCUCAUCUGCCCCCGCUCUGUGCCGCUGGGCCCCUUCUCCACCGAGGACUAUGAAUAUUACAAGCUGUACCUGGUCCAGACGGAGCAGGCCGAGCGCUGCGAGAUCCUCCGCACCCCCAACCUGCUGCUCACCUGCGACCGGCCAGAGCAAGACAUGCGCUUCACAAUCAAGUUCCAGGAGUACAGCCCCAACCUCUGGGGCCACGAGUUCAAGACCAACCAGGACUAUUACAUCAUCACAACUUCAGAUGGUACCAAGGAAGGCCUUGAGAACAUGAAGGGCGGUGCUUGCCUCUCCAAAGGAAUGAAAGUCGUCUUGAAAGUCGGGCAGCAUCCCAACACAGGCUCCAAAACCCCGAAGUCCGUUCCAGACACGCCUACCGAGAAGGAGCGAGGGACGUCUGGGGCAGCCGAGCCCAGCAAGGAGGUGAACCCAGGACCCCCGACCGGAAAUGCGACCGGGAAGGUGGGAGGCGAGAACGGCCCCCUGCCCCAGUCCAGCGUCCCGAUCAUCGCGGGGGCCGCCGGAGGGGCCGCCUUCGUCCUGCUGGUGGCGGCCGCCGUGACGGGCGCCCUCUGCUACCGGCGCCGGCGGGCCAAGCACAGCGAAUCCCACCACCCGCCGCUGUCGCUCAGCACCCUGACCAGCCCCAAGCGGGGGGGCGGCGGGGGCAACAACAACGGCUCGGAGCCCAGCGACAUCAUCAUCCCGCUCCGGACUUCAGACAGCGCCUUCUGCCCCCACUACGAGAAGGUCAGCGGGGACUACGGCCACCCGGUCUACAUCGUGCAGGAGAUGCCCCCCCAGAGCCCUGCCAACAUCUACUACAAAGUAUGAGGAGGGGUGGGCAGCACGGCGCCCUCCUGGCGGAGGCUGCGCCCCUCGGCCAUCACCACCCCCCAACGGCGGGGAAGAACCUCGGCACGGACUGGGGGGACGGGACGUUGCCGCCCCUCUGGCCCGCCCUGGAUACUGGGGUCCAUGCACAGCUGCGGGGACCCCCCCCUACGGCAUUCAGGGGGCGUUUCCAGGAUUUGGACUUGGCCAGAGGGGAGGACCCUCUAUUUCGCUCUCUCCUCCUCCUCUCUUUCCGUGGAUUUGGGCCUCGCUCAGAUGGACAGGCCGAGGGAGGCCAACCCCCUUUCCGCCAGGCGCCAGCGAGCUUAACAGGGACAAGACUCCCUCUCGCCCCACUGCGGGGUGCGAGGGGGGGAAGGACUGGGCUCCCACGUCGGCUGAUUUCUUUCCUGAUAGGGACACACACACACACACACACACCCCUCCAUUUCUCCCCUGGCUCCAGGACUCAUCCUGGGAGUGAGGUGUGCCCCACAGUCCGGAUCUCUCACCCCUGUUUGAUAAAUAAAGGUGACUUAGGGCCCAUACGUCCUUCCGUUUGCCCCGGGGAAACCCAAUCUUUAGCGCUGAAUCGGAACAAACGGUAACCGUGUUUUCUGCAGUUGGCUGUUUGUUCCGAUUUAGCAAUAAAGAGCGGGUUUUCCCAGGGGAAUGCAGUAAGGGAAAGGCUUUCUAGGCAAAGGACGAGCGGAAUUGUGAACGAGCCCUUACUUAUAAACAUCCACCCGUCAGCCAAAAUGAAUUAAAGUGGGACGGUGUUUCUCUU